AUGGCCGCUGAGUUGACAAUGCAGACUGUUGUCCUCAAGGUUGCUAUGUCAUGCGAAGGUUGCGCCGGGGCGGUCAGAAGAGUGCUCUCCAAGAUGGAAGGAAUUGAGACCUUCGACGUAGAUCUCAAGGAGCAGAAGGUGACAGUCAAAGGCAAUGUCAAGCCUGAGGAUGUCUUCCAGACGGUUUCCAAGUCGGGGAAGAAGACCUCCUACUGGGAGGGCGAAGCCACAGCCCCGGACGCUUCGGCUCCAGCAGCAGCAGAAGCAGCUCCCAACACCGCGGCAGAAGCGCCUGCGGAUGCUGCUGCUGCUGCUGUGCCAGAGAUCACUCCAGCCAAAGCUGACGCUUGA